AUAGGGGAAUUUGUUUCGUUAUUCUUAUUAUCAAUAGGAAUAGAGGAAUUUGUUUCAUUAUUCUUAUUGUCAAUAGGGAUUGAGGAAUUUGUUUCAUUAUUCUUAUUGUCAAUAGGGAUAGGGGAUGUAACUGAUGUAGCCUUGGUAGAUUUUGAAAUAGAUUUUUGUGGUACAGGCGGUGGAAUAGCAAGUUUAUAUUUAGUAGGGGAAGUUACUUUAUUAGUAGUUGGUAAUUGA